AUGCCAAAAUCAAAGAGAAAUAGACAAGUUACGCUAUCGAAGACGAAGAAGAAGGGAAGGGACCAUAAAGAGACGAUUGUGAACGGAAUAAAGGAGGCAGCAGAAAAGUACGCGUGUGUAUACGUGUUCUCGUUCGAGAACAUGAGGAAUCAGAAAUUCAAGGAGUUUAGGGAACAGUUGAAAUCGAGUAGCAGGUUCUUUCUCGGCUCUAACAAAGUAAUGCAAGUUGCUUUAGGUCGCUCUGCUGCCGAUGAGAUCAGUCCUGGCCUUCAUAAGGUUUCCAAGCUAUUGCGUGGAGAUGCUGGCAUGUUUUUUACAAACUUGUCUAAGGAAGAAGUUGAAAGGCUAUUUAAAGAAUUUGAAGAAAAUGACUUUGCAAGAACUGGAAGCAUUGCAACUGAAAAGGUGGAUCUCAAAGAGGGGCCCUUGGAGCAGUUCACGCAUGAGAUGGAGCCUUUUCUCCGGAAGCAAGGCAUGCCUGUUCGGUUAAAUAAAGGAGUUGUGGAGCUUGUUUCCGAUUUUGUUGUUUGCGAGGAAGGGAAGCCCUUGUCACCUGAAGCUGCACGUUUACUGCGUUUAAUGGCAAUCAAGAUGGCUACAUUUCGACUACACCUAAUUUGCAGGUGGAGUCCCGAUGAGUUUGAACUGUACAUCGAUGGACCGGAUGAAUCAGAUGUUGAAUGCUCAUAA